AAACAUAACCUAUCAAAUAUAAAGAUAAUUUUGGUUUUGGUCAUUAUUUCAGCUUCACGUAUUUAAGUAGAUUGAUUUAACUUGAUAGUCUUGGAAAUGAACUGAUGAAUUAUCAAAUUGUAUCGCCCUUGAUAAUAACGACAAACAUUAAUUUGUAAUUAAGAUGAAUAAUAUCAUAAUGAAAUUGAAAGAAAUUUCAAAAUCAAAUUUCUUCAAACAUGCAGUUCCAUUCUUUCUAACAGUUGGAUUAGGAACAUUAUUUUUAAAAGAAUUUGCUUCUUUGAGGUACGAGUAUAGGAAGAGUGAGCUUCUAUCACCCCAAGACAUAAAAGCACUAAAGGAAAUCACAGGGGGCAAGUUACAUACCUUAGAAGAAGAAUAUGAGAAGUUGAAAAAGGUUUGUAACCUCUAUGCUUUUUUAUCUAGUAAACCUAUUAUGAGAUUUACUUUGAACGUUCAGUAUUCCAUAAUUAUGUAAAGCACCAACGCUUUA